AUGUCCUGGCCUUUUGCCCUAUUUUCUCUUGCCCGCAAAACGCCCAUCUCGGAUAUGGGUAAGGUGUCGUACUACCAGGACGAAGUUUCUGGCCACGCCUUGGCCUUGAUCUAUGCCUUAACCUUUAUCCAGGAGCGCUGGAUGCCUACCCCUGUGGCUGUGCUAUUUUACCCAAAGUGUUCGGCAUGCGCAAAACUGUACGGCAAUAAUAUAUCUCAGUUUCAAGUACCGAAAUCGAGGUUAACGGGGUCGUCGUUCACCUUCUGGGUCUCAGCCCCACAUAGACACCGUUGUUCACUGAUCAGAAUUAUCAGAGCCCAAACCUUUUAUCAAUCGCUAAGCUUCAAAUGUCUGGGGUCAAAUAAAACUUGUGCAGGAUAUCAACAGUCUGAAAAUGGGAUGUUGCGAAACGGCAUGUAUACAUGCCCAUCCGCCCAUCUCCUUUAUCCUCCAGAUCCUACCGGAAAACGUCCAAGCCAGCAUACGUUCCUACAGUAUGCAUCUCCUACGGACCGAAGAUACCACGAGGAUCUGCGCUUAACUCAGCAGCAGCAGUACAAUGACGCAAAUUCCUCACGAAAAACGUCACACCCCGUUAGAGAAAAGUGUGAAAGGUCCGUUGAGCUUUUGAGCGAACCCGCAGUUCAGUUCAAUAGUCGCCUUAAACUACAAACCAGAGAACGCCGGGUCCCAGAAACAUUGACUGGAGAAGCUCAUGACAAAAUAUCUGAGAACGGAGAAUCGUCACGGGAAUUACGUUCUCCGAGAAGACGGUUUACCCGCAUUUGGACAUGUUGCCGAAGUUGCGUUUUACCUGGACCGUACUCCUCGUUCUAUUCCCAGUGCUUGGGUUGUGACGCACCGAAAUGUUCUAAUUGCAUUGAGGUGCUUGUCCCAUCGCAAGAAUCACCGAUACACGAUGAAGCUGGCGGUGUUUUUCACAAGUUUCUCGUAUGGAAAGGCUGCCUAGACUUGUGGAGGUCGGAAUCCGCCGAUGUGAAACUGAUACAAUGA